AUGGGUAUCUAUUCAUCUAAUGCCGAUCACGACGACAAGAUCGUCGUUGGACCAUACGACGACUCGAGGUAUACAGCAUCAUCUGGCUUCACUUAUGCCCGGCAACCUUCAACACAACCUGCAAACUCUACGUCACAAUUAAUUUCCCCGCCUCUCCUAUCGCCGCCUGUUGCGAGGGUAUCGCCUGGUCCUUCAAGUCCGCGCAGCCGCAGCCGCAGCCCAGCAAGCCCUCAAAGCUUUCAGUCUCUCAACAGCCCCUCCAGUGCUGGAUUCCCGCUCAGUCCUUACUAUCCGCCGUCGCAGGAAAACCAGUACCUUAAUUCUCCGGUCAGCGAUGGCUUCUACUCGCAGCGCAUGUCAGGCGCAACUGAUCCUCGAUACUCGACAAAAGCCCCUAACAUGAUGGAGAUGGUCCUUGAGACGCCUUACUUUGACACUCCACCUCAUACACCAGGCGAUACAAGUUUUCGAAGCACUGAUGUUGUUGAACCAACCGAAGUUACGUUCAACAAUGGCUGGAGACCCUGGUGGUUGCGUCGAAGAGUUGCCAGCGUCUUCAUGGGCGUGUGCAUAAUGCUGGGUGUGAUCGGCGAAGUAGUGAUGUGGUGGCUCUCUCAAAAAGAUGUCGUUAGCAACCUCAAGGGUCUCUGGACUUUUGGGCCUGUUGUAGUUGUUUCAAUCGUGGCUAUACUAUGGGCAAGAGUUGAAGCUCAGGCGCUGUUGUAUAUGCCGUGGAUCGUUCUCGACCGCAAACCAACGACGGUUGACGAAACUCGACGCAAGCAAAGUCACCGGACUAUUUUACUAGACUAUCACAGCCUCGGGAGUUUCCAAGCACUAAACACAGCAUUCCACAAUCGCCAUCAUCUUGUCGUUGCAGCCAUUUCUAUUAAAUUCCUCCUUCGCGCUCAGAUCGUUCUCUCAACUGCUGUCUUUCAUGCUGAGAUCCACGUUGAUGGCACUUCUUUGCUCCGUGCCCGAGUAGGUAUCCUCCAUGCCAUGGCAGGCACCUUUCUCAUUAUUUCUAUGGCUCUUCUUCCCAUGCUGUACCAUGCUCCCUCGCCUCGUGGAAUCGCACCACGAGAUCCCACUUCCCCGGCCGGAACUGCGACGCUUCUCUCAAGCAGCCACCAAUUUCUCACCCAACUGUCGAGUACGGGACACGCAAACAUGGACACUGUUGCUGCCAGACUUGCAGGAUCAUGGUAUACAACAGAACUCACGCAGCCCGGACGUCGACCGGAAGAGAUGUUUCAGCUGAGACAGCACGGUGGAGGCAGUGGUCCUCUUUGUAUGAACCCCCCCAAUGUAUCGCCGGAGGCAAUUGCGACUUAUCAACCAUGGACUCAGAGCACUCGCACCAAGAUCAUCAGCAUCGUUGCCUCUGUUGCGUUGAUUGUUGGAAUUUGUGUAAUCUUUGGCUUGAAGGGCGAGGGAGACGGCUUGAAAGUCGAUGACAGCAUCUUCGUCGUCUGGACCUGCGUACCUACCAUCAUCUUUGCUGCUAUCGCUGUAUUCUGGACUCGAAUCGACAUCGACAACCGACGCCUGGCCCCCUUUUUGAAGCUUACUACUACCAAGCAUCGAUUUCAGGAGUCUCUGGGAUUAUCUUACAUGAACGAAUUUGGUCUCCAUACGGUUGGAAAAUCUAUGAAGACUCAGGACUGGGCAGUCUUUCUUGCAAAAUGCACAGCCAUACUCGGCUGGUUAAUGCCAAUAUUUACUGCUGGACUAUUUGCCGUCUCUCAAGUUGCGCAAACGGCCAACCUUGAGCUUCGGCCCGAGACACAAUUUGCCUCUACGAGCAAAUCGUUGAGUGCCGUCGUUGACAGCGACAUAAUCGACCAGGUCCUUAUUCGGCAGACACCCAAGUACCCGAGAUGGACUUGGGAAGACGUGGCCCUUCCAGAGGUUUCUUUAGUGAGCCACCCCCGCGAGUGGCCACUCCCAAAUACCGAGCUCGUGGCUAAAGUUCCUGGCCUGAGAAGCAAACUCAAUUGCGAGACCGUAUCUUAUGACCAGGGCGAGGGCGCAGAUUUGCAAUGUGUACCUUUGAGGGGGUCAAAAAAGAAACCCAUAUGUGAGGGGGACCAAUCUCGCACUGCACUUGUUGCUUCAUCCUGCUCGCAACUCCCUUCCUCAUACCCAAUCCAGUAUGUUUGGGGCAGCUGUGCUAGUGAUGGUUUGAUAUCUGUCAUGAUGUGCAAUCAAUCACUCGUUGAAGUUACCGUUGAUACAACGUUUCGCACCGAGGAUUUAUACAUCAACACAAACGAAAUCCCCAUCGUCAAUGCAUCGAGUGAGCAGCCGUCAAAGGUUAAAGCAGACAUCACGAGCGUUUAUGAAGCACUUGAUGAUGUUGGUGUUGAUGACAAAAAGUUGGCAGGACUCGACAGCUUCUUUCGCACUCUGGUGCUCUCAAGACUAUCAAUUACACUAGAGCGCAUUGUCAUGCCCGAGAGACAAAAUUCCGUUUCCCAGGCAAUCCGCCAACUUCAUGGAAUUCUAGCUGCGCAAGCCAUCAACGGGGAAUUGAUACGACGCCCCUUGGCCAACAAGCUACGUAUUCGUGAUGGUUCUCAACCAAUCAUCCCAGCACAUGUCGACUAUGUUAUCCCACGUUUGAUGCAGGGCAAUGUGCAAACGUUUGUUUUGAUUGGCCUACUCGCAUUCACACUUUUGUUUGGAUUAUUGUCCCUUCGUACGGCACCGCGUGGUACUUUGCCAAAAAGCCCUGGAAGCAUCGCCGCUCAGGCAAGUCUCCUCGCAGACUCAUCCUUGUGGUGGCGCCUCCCAGACGGAUCCGAAUGGAUGGAAGAUGACGGCCUAGCGCGAUGUCUGCGCCGAAAGACCUUCCAUCUUGGAUGGAGUCAGGGGGCUUUAGGAAACCAAACUUACGGUAUCUAUAUCGUGCAAGAUGAAGGAAAAGCUGCGAGACCAACCGGCGUGUCGCAAACGACGGCCGACAACAGUGAAGGAUCAGGAGGCGUCAGAUACAUCAGCAUGGCGCCUGGUGUAUACUCAUAUAAUGACAUAAAAUCAUGA